GGUUGCCGACUACCUACCUACCUACUACACCUUCCAUCCACCAUGACAACUCCAAACCCGUUCCUUCUUGCAGCUGACAACAACCCCACGCUGCUGCCCCUCCUGAGGGAGAGACCAGAACUGGCGUCAUCGCAAGAUGAACACGGCUAUUCCCUCGUUCAUGCCGCUGCCAGUUACAACCAUCUUGAUCUCCUACGAACCCUUAUUCGCGAGUUUAAUGUGGACGUGAAUCUAAAAGAUGAAGACAACGAGACCGCCUUGUUUGUUGUCGAAACUCAGGACGCUGCUCAAGUCCUUGUCGAAGAACUUGGUGCGGACAUCGGUCACCGAGGACUGGAAGGAUUGACGGCUAGAGAGAAGAUUGAAGCGGAAGGUGACUUUCCCGUGAUUGCAGAGUACCUAUUGAAGAUCGAAGCCAAGCAAGCCGACGAUCCGGCUUCGACUGCAGCGGCUGUCAUGCCUGAAGUUAUCCCCCCGCCUCCAGAGGGCAUGAAAGUUACAGUUGGUACGAUGGACGAGGCCGCGGAUAUUCCCGAGGAGAUCGACCAAGAGUUUCGAAGGAGAAUUGAGGAAUUGGCCCAGCGCGACGAUUUCGAUUCACCCCAAGGCCAAGCCGAGCUACGAAGGUUGAUUGAAGACGCUGUGCUGGGCGAGGGUGGUGUCGGCGACGAACGCAACGUACGAUCGAAGCAGGAUUAGGCGCCGCAUCCUAUGCCUUGAUCUCCCACAUGAGAUACCUGCCAGAUGCACUGGGUGGUCUAAGAAUUGUGAGUUCAUCACUUGUUCCUGGUACACCCUUGGAGAAGCAUGUAGCACCGAGAGAAAACCAUGCCCCCGAAGGACAAGCGGCCAACACAUCUACGAGCAGGCAAUGAAGCCACUGUGCCGACAAAAAACCUUCCCAACUUAUUUUGCAGACCGUGGAUUCCUUAACAAUAUCGCCUGGGACGCAAUAUCGUGAUAGAUAGGGGUCAAUACUAUCCUGAGG